GCAGCUCGGAUGGAGCACUGCGGUGUGCUGGAGGCAGAACCUGUGGACUGACAGUAUUGUUCUACACUGACCGGAAGCUUCAGCACCCUGUUUUACCAUGGAGUUUGGAAGAGUUUGGUCCAGAUAUCAGAGGACAGUGCUGAUCACCAUGAUGAUGUUCAAACUGGGCCUACUAUGCACAGCAGCAGCAGACAAGUGUUUGUCAUCUCCCUGCAAAAAUAAUGCCACUUGUAUUGACCACCUGGGUGACUAUGUGUGCCUGUGCCCCAAAGGGCCGGUGUGGUACAUGGGGAAUAACUGUGAUGAGCUGUAUGACGCCUGUAUCUUGGCACCUUGCACCAACUGUACCAGCAACCUUGGGACUGACGAAUUCACCUGCCACUGCCCGGACGGCUUCACAGGGCUUAACUGCACACAGGAUAUAGACGAGUGUCGGAGCAACCCCUGCAAAGGCAUUCAAUCAAAUUGUGUCAACGGAGUAAAUGGGUAUUCCUGCCACUGCCCCCUGGGAUUGGGAGGAGAGGACUGCCAGGAAAAUGUGACUACUUGUUUGGAGGAAACAUGCCAGAAUGGAGGCAUCUGUACGGACAUCCCUGACUAUGGGCACAGGUGCCAGUGUGCUGCUGGGUAUGAGGGGAGAAACUGUGAGGACAACAUUGAUGAAUGCCAGUCUGAGCCCUGUCAUAAUGGAGCCAUCUGUAAAGACGGGGUUAAUGCCUACCAGUGUUUCUGUGUACCUGGAUUUCAAGGCUACCACUGUGACUUGGACAUCAACGAGUGUGCCUCUCGACCCUGUCAAAACAAUGGCACGUGUCUAGAUGAGAUGGAUCACUACACCUGUGACUGCGCUCCAGGCUUCAAAGGGAUUAAUUGCGAGGUGGAGAUCGAUGAGUGUGAGGUGCAUCCCUGCCAGAACGGUGCCACCUGCCAAGAUCACGUCGCCACUUACACGUGUGAGUGCAUGGCCGGCUUCCAGGGCCAAGACUGCGAGGAAAACAUUGAUGAAUGUUCCGGCAUUCCCUGUUUGAAUGAGGGCAAGUGCAUAGAUGGGAUCAACAGCUAUGAGUGUGACUGUAGUGGGACAGGCUUUGUAGGGGACCACUGUGAUGAGGAUAUUCCUGAAUGUGCAUCAGACCCCUGCCAGCAUGGAGCCACUUGUUUGGAAGGAAUCAACCAGUACAAUUGCCUCUGCUGGCCAGGUUACGAGGGAGAGAACUGCCAGCUGGAUAUAGAUGAGUGUCAGGAACAUCCCUGUGAGAAUAGUGGCGAGUGUUUCCAGCGAUCAGAUAUCCUAAACUAUGGAAUUCUGCCUGAAUUCAGCAAUAACAGUUUCAGCUAUGAAGAGGCAGCUGGUUUCAUCUGCCGCUGUCUGCCAGGAUUCACUGGGGACAACUGCUCAGUUAAUGUGGACGAAUGUGAGUCUGCUCCAUGUCAACAUGGAGGAACCUGUCAGGAUCUGAUCAACUCUUAUCAAUGUGUGUGUCCAGACGGCUUCACAGGCAUACACUGUGAGGUGGACAUCAACGAGUGUGACAGCAAUCCAUGCCAGAAUGGCGCCACGUGCACAGACGCUGCCAACUCCUAUAGGUGUCACUGCCCUGUGCCAGAGACUGGCCAGGAACCUUGGGGUGGGCAAAACUGUGACAUCCGUCUGGUUGGCUGCCAACAGCACCAGUGUCAGCAUGAAGCAGGUUGUGUCCCAGUGCUGACCUACGAUGGAGAGCACAACUACAACUGCCUAUGUACGCCUGGCUGGACCGGAGAACGCUGCAAUACCUCCACCACCUUCUCCUUCAGCUCUGAGGGCUAUGUCCACAUGCAGCUGCCUGUUUCCAAAAACAGGACAAAACGAGAGACUAAAGACCAUAAUCAUGGGCUCCACAUGCAGCUUCGAUUUAAGAGUACUCUGCCUGACAUGGUGCUGUUCUACCGGGGCACCAUGGAUCGCUUUGUGUCCUUGGAGCUUGUCGGAGGCUCCCUUCAGGCCAGGGUCAAGUCAGGGAAGGUGUUGCAGGUCGUUUACCCUGGCCCAGUCAAUGACGGCGAAUGGCACCAGGCCACUGUGACCAUGGAUGAGAGGCUGGUUUUGGUUGUUAGAGGACCUGGCUGUGAGAUUGAAUGUAUGGUGAAAAAUGAGGGCUACAACCAUUUAAUCUUCCUCCAACCAAGCUUCUUUCAAAUGCUAUAUGUUGGAGGGGCACCGCAGGAAUAUUUAGCCCAUACGUCCAGUGGACGCGGGUUCAUUGGCUGCAUGGAGGACCUUCAAAUCGACCACAAGCUGCUUCUGCCUCAGGACCUCAUCAGAGAGGAGAACAAGGGUUUGGAAAUAGGAUGCAGCAAAAAAGAUUGGUGUCAAGAAGAUCCAUGCAUGCAGCGAGGGCAGUGUGUGGAUAUGUGGGUUCGUCCCAGCUGUCAGUGUCAUCGGCCCUACUAUGGAGAAAGCUGUGAGAAAGAGUAUCCAUCCUGGACCUUCGGUCAUGAGAACACCACCAGCUACUUCACCUUCAACAUCUCUGAAACUCAUGGAGACAACUUCACUAUCUCCUUUUUAUUACGUUCCCUCAAACACAACGGUCUGCUCCUGCAGCUCCGUCGAGAAGGAAAGCCCUACCUGACAAUUUAUCUGAAAGAGGGCACUGUUGCUAUUUACAGCCCUCACACCACACUGCUGUCAGAGGCUAAGUUUGUCACUGAUGGCAACAAUAAUUUAGUGACUGUAAAGGUACAGUACGGCCAUGUGGUCUUCCCUAAAGCAGGGAAUCAUCGUGCCUUAGGGAAUGUGAGUGUGGAGGUAGGGGAUGUGGCGUAUGUGGGAGGGCUCCCUGCAGGCGAGAACAUGAAUGCCUGGGGUGGAAAUGUCAAGGGCUGCCUGCAGGACAUUCGGCUGGACCACAAGCAUCUGACCACUGACGAUCAUUCAGAGGGAAUGGAAGUUUACCGGACAAGCACAGAGGAGAACGUUCUGCCAGGAUGCCAAAGUGAUGACACAUGCAAGGAUCAACCCUGUUUUAAUGGCGGACAGUGUCAGGUUACCUGGAAUGACUUCAAGUGCAACUGUUCCAUUAACUACUCUGGCCGGCUGUGCGAGACACGUCUGUGGUGUGUCGACAGUCCUUGUUUUGACGGAGUGCGCUGUGUGGACCUACAGGAUGGUUAUGAGUGUUUAACUGAAGCCAUUUUUCAAGACAACGCUCUUCAGUAUGUUGCAAACAGCUCCCUGCUGAGCCCUGUUACCAACAUCACCAUGGAUCUACGGACACGGGACGAGAACGGGAUCUUGUUGCGGGCCAUCAGCAGAGCUGAGGUCUUCUGCCUGGGUCUGCUCAACUCCUCCCUGCUGGUCAAACUGGACAGCGGGGCGAGUGCAGAGCUGCUGGCCUUCACAAGUGACAGGGCCAUAGCAGACGGAGCAUGGCAUCAAAUCCAGCUGACCAUGGUUGAUCCCACACAGAUAGCCUCCCGCUGGCGCCUCACUGUGGAUGGGCAGAGAGUUGGUAGUAGCUUCAGCGUUGGUGGCAACCUCAACUUCCUCAAUGACACCAAAAUCUGGCUGGCUGAGAAAUACACCGGAUGUUUAGGGGAGGUGAGAGUGGGUGGAGUCUACCUGCCACUCAUAAAUGUACCAGACAGCCCACAGAUGAGUCGCUUCUCCAGAGUGGGUGGGCACGAGCCAAUCAUAGGAUGCCAUGGAGCACCGAUUUGCGAUUCCCAGCCCUGCCUCAACCAUGGUGUAUGUCAGGACCAGUUUAAUGAGUUUAACUGCAGCUGCAGUGCAGGAUGGGAAGGGGAACUGUGUGAGAUGGAGGUAAAUGAGUGUUCUUCAGGUCCCUGUGUCUACGGUGCAUGUCAAGACCUUCUGGCAGACUACCAGUGUGACUGUGAGCCUGGAUACACAGGGAAAAACUGUCAGGAGGAGGUGGACAACUGUCUGGAGUUCAGCUGUGUGAAUGGAGGAACCUGUGUGGACACGGUGGGAGCUCACACCUGUUCAUGUCCUCCUGGCUACGUUGGCAAACGAUGCCAGUGGCGCUUCCCUCCAGUAGCGUGCGAUGCAAACACAGAGUGUCUUAAUGGAGGGGUUUGUAUUGGAGGUGACACUGGAGGCAACUGUACAUGCAAGCCGGGGUACACUGGUUCCAGGUGUGAGACAGAAAUAGAUGAGUGUGCGUCCAGCCCUUGUCUCAAUGGUGCCACCUGUCUGGACAGACUGAACCACUUCCAGUGUGUGUGCACGCUGGGUUUCAGCGGUACAAUGUGUGAGAGCAAUAAAGAGGAGCAUAAGGAGCGAAUUCCCUGGCUGGUGGUGACCAUACCCCUCACCACCCUGUGUGUGUUAUUGGCCAUCCUGGCGGUGUUUUGCCUUAUCAUGACAGCACGGAAGAAACGUCAGUCAGAGGGCACAUAUAGCCCCAGCUCCCAGGAGGUGGCUGGUGCCAGGCUAGAGAUGGGCAGUGUCCUCAAAGUGCCCCCAGAGGAGAGGCUGAUCUGAGGACUGUAGCCCUGCCCCACAGCCUCACAUCCAGUGGAUGUGUAAAGGGCAGAGAGAACAUAUGCUCUGCAGUGUCACACUGAUGGGCCCUCCUGCCCUACGAGGAAGCAGUGGAGACAUCAAUGACUGAUCCUUUACCUGGAAAAACUACUGAUGUUGAAGUCUCACAGAUGGACAGUUAAAGACUUAGAGGCUGAGAAAAGCAGUCUCCUGUUUACUCAGGCUGUCCGGUUGGGAAGCGUUUGCUCCAAGGAUGCUCUGAGCCCUUUGAAAAGUUAAGUCUUGAGGACAAUCUCAAGCUUGAUCAAUAUGGGACCAAAAUCAUGUGACGACCUUUACUAAAGAAAAGUCUAAAAACUUGUGGAAACUAAGGAAUGCAUUUUACACAGCCGGAAAACUACUGAAAUGGAACCUCUCUGACACCAUCAUCCAUACAGUCACGUAAGGGCAAGUAAUUAAUAAUUAUUUAUAUAUUUGCAAAGCAAAACACUGAAAAACUUUCUCUGCAGAUUCCACUGCUGAUUCUGUUUUGCAUGACAGGGGAAACAGGAAUGUGUAGGAAUACAUUUGAAACAGGUUCUGUGAAAUUGCAGUGUUUAAUUUGCAUGAGUAUAAAUUGCACACUAUUAUCAGGGCCCUUUCUUCACCAACAUACUCCUUGUUGUAGUAUUACAUUACAUAUGCAAGAGGGUGUCUGUUGUAUGGUGAUAUUUUUUAGAGACUGACAAUUUAAUUCUCAGCUUUGUCUUGUUAGAGGUCCCUUGGGAAUUCUAAUCCUGCAUGACUUCAGCUCUUCAUCCAUAAUGGGGUUUGCACCCUGAUUUCUGCUGUUUUUCACUCCCUCCACAGUAAAUUAGUAGUAAAAAUUUGAAGCAGCUGCUGAAAAAUGAUUUGGAGAAAGAAUGUAUUUUUGAUUCAAACCUCAUGUUCUCCUUUGCUAAAUCAGAUAUUUUGAAUGAACAUUUGUACAAUAUUACCUUGAUUUCAGUCGCUUAAUUUAUAAAGAAUAAUUUUAGCACCAUAGGAAAAGAGCAUUGUUAAGUUGAAAGCAGUACUUCAAUCAUGUGUCGACAUGUCUUUUAUUCACUUGCUGAGUAAUUUCUCCCCAUUUGCUGCAGUAUAUGAAUUAAAAAUGCAAAAGUUCAUAGAUUGAAAAAUAACACCAGAACUACCAUCAGAAUGUGUGGAUGAACAUCACUGCAGCCUUUAUAGGAAAGAAAAUAGUUUGUUUUAAUAUUUGCUGUAUUAUAUUGUUUAUAUACACUGUACAUGCUUACCACUCUGCCCAUUGUUUGUCCCUAUGGAAGUAAGCUGUGAGUAUUUUAUCAAUGUCUUUGUGUUUUGUAUAAUGUGCUGCAAAAGUUCAAGUCACUGUAUUUUCCUUCUUGUAUUAUUUUCAAAGGGAACAGUAUUUCAUUGUAUGAAUCUUAUUUCUUUGGUCUAAGUUGUCACAUAAGUAUUUGUGGGCAUAAAUAAUUUUCAUCGAUUUUCAGAAAAAGGAGAAUUUGGCAAAUAAUGUCUAGUUGAAUUGUAGCUUAUUUAAAUGAAUGAUUAGUAAGAGAUUAUUGUUUUUCUUAGAUUAAUAAGAAAAACAUAUUUGGAAUUUCACCUAUUUAUUUACUUUUCAAGAGUGAUUUGAAAAGAUACAAAGUCAAAGAAUGGAGCUGAAUGCAGGAUGUGGUAAGCCUAGCUUAGCAUACUGGAAGCAGGAGAAAACAUAGCUCCAUCAUCUGAACCCCCCGAAAAAUUCCUAAUCCCUAAAACCACCAAAUUAUUAUUUUCUGUUUCUUUUUCCAUUUCUGCUUGUGUACAAAUGAUACAAAUGACAAGAUACAAUGUGUUAAUUAGUGAAGACAUCUUUACAGAUGCUUGCCAUAUUUUCAUACUGAUCUAGUUUCCUACUGCUUUCAGUCUUUAUGCUGAGUUGUCAUAUCAAUAAAACAAUGCCAACUCACCUUUUCCCAUAAUAUAAUCUAAAGAAGCUGUUUCAGACAAACCUGCAUUCUAGCUUUGGGAUAGUGUUUCACAAAUACUUGUCAGACUGCCCUAGACCUCUAAAGUAAUUUAAAUCACUCGAGUUAAGCAUUCUUGAACUCAGAAUUAGUUAUUAGACUCUAGACACACAUUUGUACUCCAGGACUCCCACUGCUCACUUGCCUUUCACUCUGUACUCACCAGUGCUGCUAACUUUGUUAAACCACUUAACCAGGAUGCUUUUUCAGUUGCAGUAAGGGUGCUGCUGAGAUUUUAAUUCUGACUCUUUCAUGUUAAUACAAUUAGCACAGUUUGUUAAGUGACAUGCAAGUCACAACUUAAUAUGAAUUAAAAAAGACACUGGUCAUUACUAUUGAAUGCAAUAUUACAUUUCAUUUUGAAGGGUUGAUACCAAACAGAAGGAGAGUAGAACGGACAUUCAAAUUACCAUAGCAGGCUGGUCAAAGCAGCAGUCAUUCAGAUGUGAACUAUUGUCAUUGCAAAGAACUGUGAAUAUUGUUGUGAGCUAACUUCCUUUGAAACCUCAAUAUAUACUGACUUGAAGGAAGUCGCAGACUCACUGAGAUGAGGUUUUGCAGUAAGGAUUAAAUGAGCAGUGGAGUAGUGUCAUAGCGUAGCGUAGCACAUUGCUAUCACUGGAUAAUGACAACAUAGUUAGGCUAAUUUUCUGUAACCAGUGUAGCAUUAAAGCAUGACAGGAUUAGCAAACUCCAGCUAACCAGACAGUUCAUGACCUCACUGAGGUAUUAUCACUAUCAUAACUAACAACAAUCACCAAUUUUGAAAUAGUCAAAUGACCACAACAACAUUUCUAUGUCCAUUCUACUCUCAUUCUAUUUCUAUAGGUGAUACAUAUUUCUUGAUCUGUGAAGGUUUUGGUAGACUUUGUUCCAAUAACCAAUGAGAACUACUUUCUAGAUUUUAAAGUUUACUAUAACUUUAUUUAAUCUCACAUACCUCACAUACAUUAUAUGGACACCCCUGUCCACAAACUUUUGUGAGCUGUGCUUCAGUCCAGGCACCUUGUUUCCAAUGAAAGGAAAUUGUAAUGCUCCAGCAGUUUGUGUGUUUCCAUUCCUGUUUCAAAAUGACAAUGCCCCAAUGCACAAAGCAAGCUCUAUAAAGAAACGGUUAUCCCAGUUUGGUGUGGAAGCCAAAAGUCUUGCAAAGAGUCCUGCCCUCAACCUCAUCCAACACCUUUUGGAUGAACUGGGACAAAAAGUAUGAGCCAGGUCCAACAUCAUCGCUGGUGGAAAGCCUGGAACCAAAGUGGAGGUUAUUAAAGCAGCACAUCACUGCCCAUGGUUGUAGUAUGACAGGGAUGGGCAACUGGAGGCCCGGGGGCCGCAUACGGCUUUCCAUACUUUAAGUGGCCCUCAGUACAACUACAUGCAUUUGAGCAUGAAAUCUUAAAAGUACAGUGUAAAAUGCACUAUUAUAAUUAUAAUUAUAAUUAUAAUUUAUGUUGGUCUGCUGUUCUUGCACUGGAAAAAAAGAAAUCACAGUAAGUGGUUAUUUUUUAUUUGCUUCAAACAUUUUGUAUUCCUAUUUAUGGUGUUAUACAUGCAUUUGAGCAUGAAAUAUGUUAAGUUACUGCACUGUAAACAUAUUUAAAAUUGCAGUUUCAUCAUAUUUGGUUAAGUGCACUGUCCUAUAUGUGGCCCUGUGGUAGUGUCGAGGAAAAAUUGUGGCCCCAUCCAGCAUUUAAGUUGCUCAUCCCUGUAGUAUGAGAUCCUGAGCAGUAUGGCUGGAAUGUUCAGGACAAGAAAAGAGAUCUGACAUAUCCUUGUCUGCAUAUGUCAGAUCAUAUCAGAUCUGCUUGGGUCCUACAAGAAAAUAUGACAAGCUCUCGAUCAUCACACCUGAUCUCCAUAUUUCUACACCAGAGUUAUUUUUAAAAUGGAUCCAUGGAUACCUGUCCAAAACUGACAUUACAUUACAUGACAAUACAUUUUUCGAAAAGGAUAGACCGAGGCUGACAGGGAAACUUUUUAAAAAAAAUAUUUUCUCCUGCUGUGAAUAUGAUGCCCCUUAAAUUCAUUAAGAUCCACUUGAGUAUUAGACAUAUUGACACUGACCCCAAGCCAGUGUCAGUUAAAAUGAGGCCCUUUCCAAACUGAGUAUAAUUUGGGCUUGGUCCCACUCUAUUCCUGGGUUGAGUCCUCACCCAUGAUGACCACUUCUCUCCCAACCCACCCCCAGUUAAUUUGUAAAAUGUGUAUUGUUUAUACCUAUUGCAGGUGGCAAUGCUCCUUAAUGCUCCUUUAAAAUGACUGCAGGGAAUGUAUGGGUGUGUGCAUGAUCAGAUGACAGUAUGUGCCUUCAUGUUCUCCUGCAUCUAGAAACACAAGAGUCCUGUGGUCUGUUUUUAUGCUACUUAUUCACACAGAUAAAAGCCUUUAUAUAGAGUUAAAAAAAUUAGAAGAAGAAGUCAGUGACAGACACCGGACUGUUCAGGGAUAUUCACAUUGCUCUGUACAGAUAUUGUUCAAAUCAUUAUGGUAUCGUUCAGACAUGGUGUUAUACAUUGCUUUGACUAGAUGACAGAACAUACACAAUAUCCUAGCUAUAUUCAAAAUGAUAGUGAUUUUGCACGGGGGUCGUCUUUAUUAAGGUUUUACGAUGUACAGCACACUGUAGAUCUGUACACAAGGAGUUGUAUUCCAAAAUAUUAUAUGUUCACUUUAGGAAAUUAACAGGACUCCGUUUGGGAGUAAACCCAUGACUCAUACUGUAAUUCACUCAUUAGACACCCCUAUUUUUGCUGAGUGAAUAUCUCAUUUUGAAAUACAACUCUUUAUUUGUACUCACACUUGUGUAUAUGAGGCAAUUUUUUGUUUAUGGUGAAUGGCAUUUUGUGUAUAUGGCGCUUCAAAGUUGAUGGAUAUGAAAUGUGUUUUAUACAGUGUUCAAGGAAAAAUAAAAGAAAAAG